AUGCGUGUCGGAAAUCUGUGGUCAGGCCUGGCUGUCAGCUGGGUAGUGACGUUUGUUCAGUGUCAUACGGCGGGAAGCGAAUUGGAAUCAACGAGAUACGGUCCAGCCGAAGAGAGAUUUGGUAGUGAUACAUAUACCAUAGCGAAUAUAAAUAUAACAUAUGAAGAUGAGCAUGGCGAAAUGUUUACAGACACAUCCGAGGUGAGAAAGAAACACUACGUACUACACUAUUCCUCCGGGAAGUACGGCGAGGGGAUAGUCAGUAAUGCCCAUGGCAUAGCCGUGCACGUUCGUGGUAGGGGUCCACAGGGGGCCCACGACCACACGGGCUGUCAGCUGCCCCUAAUCUCGACGGCUGCUCCUACGCAACCGCUCCCAACUGAGCCUUGGAUCGCCGUCAUACGCCGAGGCAGUUGCAAUUUUGAGAUCAAGGUGCAGAACGCUUGGAAGGCGAAUGCGUCGGCGGUUCUCAUAUAUAACGACAGAGAUACACCGAUGUUGGAAAAAAUGAAAUUAUCCACUGACAAUGGGCGUAACAUAAGCGCUAUAUUUACAUACAAGUGGAAAGGAGCGGAAAUCACUCGGCUGGUGGACAAUGGAACUCGAGUUAUGAUCUCCAUCGUACGAGGCCAAACUUUUACACAUAUCAAUAAUAAUAUUAAUAAGACUUCAGUGCUUUUCGUCUCGAUCUCAUUCAUUGUGCUGAUGGUAAUCUCGCUGGCGUGGCUGGUCUUCUACUAUAUACAACGCUUCAGAUAUAUACACGCUAAAGACAGAUUAUCGAAGCGACUUUGCUGCGCCGCGAAAAAGGCUCUAUCGAAAAUACCAGUUAAAAGCCUGAAGACUGAGGACAGGGAGGUGCAGGGUGACGGUGAGUGCUGCGCCAUCUGUAUUGAGCCUUACAAAGUGUCGGAAACGUUAAGAUCUCUUCCUUGUAGACACGACUUCCACAAGAACUGCAUCGAUCCGUGGCUACUGGAACACCGCACCUGUCCCAUGUGCAAGAUGGACAUACUCAAGUAUUACGGCUUUGUGUUCACGGGCAGUCAAGAGAGUAUUCUGCAGUUGGACGUUGAGGAAGCCAGGAGUCGCGCCCUCAGUCCGGCGAUGUCGCCCGCACGCAACAGACAUCCGCUGACAUUGCUAACAUCCGACAACUCGUACGGUGAGACCCACAGCGAGCGCAGUAGCCGCGCCUCUUCGCCUGACCAUCUCGUGCCGCCACACGGACAUAGGUCGAAUGAAGAGUCAUCAAGCGAAGAACAGGAAGGUUGUUCGCAAGAAGAGCCGAACCCCGGCACUAGCGAUGCCUGA